AUGCCUGAGUACGCCAAGAACCAGCCAGCCGGCUUCAAAAAUGCCAUUGAGAGAGUCGCCAUUGUCGGUGCCGGAGGCACUGUUGGAUCCCACCUCGUUGCCGCUCUCCUUAAAACCGGAAAACACACGGUUACGGCUCUCUCCCGCAGAGAUAGUAGCAACAAACUCCCCGAGGGCGUCCUCGUCGCCCCAGUUGACUAUUCCAACGAGGCCACUAUUGUCGCUGCCCUCAAGGGCCAGGAAUUCUUCAUCAUCACAGUAUCCCCCACUGCGCCCCGCGACACCCACAGCAAGCUCGUCCGGGCGGCCGCCAAGGCUGGUGUUCCCUACAUCAUGCCUAACGGGUACGCUGGCGACAUUGAACACACUAAACUCGGAGAGGAUAUCAUGCUCGGUCCCGUUGCUCAGGCUGCCAGGGACGAGAUUGAGAGCCUCGGUAUGAAGUGGAUCACCGUGUGCUGUGGGUUCUGGUACGAUUACAGCUUAGCGGGGGGUGAGGCGCGCUUCGGGUUCGACUUUGACAAGCGGUCUCUGACGAUCUAUGAUGACGGCACCACCAAGAACUCGGUAUCGACCUUGUCGCAGGUUGGGCGCGCUGUGGCCAAAGUGCUGAGUUUCAAGGUGCUUCCUGAGGACCAAAACGACAAGAGCCUUACUGUGUCGCGAUGGCUUAAUAAACCUGUGUAUAUUAAGAGCUUCGUGAUCAACCAGACCGAGAUGUUUGAGAGCGUCAAGCGCGUCACAGGCACUAGUGACGCUGACUGGACUAUCACUCAUGAGGAUAGUAAGAAGCGAUACGCAGAUGGACUGACAAUGGUCAAGACUGGUAACAUGGCUGGCUUUGGUAAGCUGCUUUACGCAAGGGCAUUUUUCCCAGAUGAUCCGGGUGAUUGCUCGGCCAAGGCACAGAAUGAGCUGCUUGGUCUGCCGGAGGAGAGCCUGGAUGAGGCUACUCGAGCUGGGGUUGAUAUGAAAACCCAACUGGCAGAUGAUCUCGUGGCGAUACGGAAUAAGUGGCUCGCUGCGCUACAUACCGCAAGCUCUUGCAGGUCUCGAGAUAUUCAUCACGAGAGAGUCUAUGUGAAGCUUGGUGGCAUUGAGAUCACCAAUCUUUCACAUUUGAUACACUUCGAGCCGGCUGAAUACAAAGCAAUUGUCGACGAUGAUCUGGUAGAUCCCGAUGGUGAAAUACAGGUCUUACUUGAAGUCAAGGCUAGGCAUCUGGUAUCGACUUCAUCAAGAGAAGUCCUGAUGCAACAGGGGCUUGAAAUGCUGGCAUGGGUUGCUGAAACUCUGGGCAUUGAAGGGUCAGAGGGACCAAGAGUCCCACUGAGCGACUCACCAAUCAAGAGAUGGGUGAUGUUAGCCCAAUACGCGACAAGCGUAUAUUUCAUCGUCGCUGAUCUCCGUGAAGGGUACAUUGAGUACUCGAUGACAGGCGAGCGCUCAGAGAACCCCCUUGACAAGAAGGCAUUUCUCAAAAUGGAGAUAUUGGGACCUUUCAGCAUCUAUUCUGCGGAAGAGAUGCGGAUGUUCGGGUUUCUUGUUGUCGUCCUGACAGUUGUCCAGCACCGGGAUUGGAAGAAGGGUAAGGAGGUUUAG